AUGGACAAAGUAUUCUUCGCCGUCGUCGAUCAUCGGAAGACUUUAUCUGACAGUCGCCGUUCUUCUCCUGCUAAUCAAGAAUACUCAAUCAAAAUGUAUCUCCAGUUUUACAUAAACGAAAAUGGUGACAAAGUUUACACCACCAAGAAAGAGUCACCACUUGGACUUGCCACGCAGUCUGCUCAUCCUGCUCGGUUUUCACCUGAUGAUAAGUUCUCAAGGCAAAGAGUUCUUUUGAAGAAACGUUUUGGAUUGCUGCCAACUCAAAAACCACCUCGCAAAUACUAAAUAGUUUGUUUAUGGUUUUGACAACACCAAUUUGCACUUGUAAAAUGGGAAUUUUGGCCAUGGUUGCAUUGUUGUUCUUGAUAUGAUCCACAAGUAACAUAAUCAAUAUUUCUACCAAUUUACUUUUAGAUGGAUCUAUUUG